CUGCUAUCAUUUCAGCUCGAGGAUAUUUUCAUUUCCCUAUUCCAAUGGGCAAAAGUUCAACCCGUUAUCUUUCCGGAACAAGACCCGUCUUCUGUCUUACGCCGUACCUCUUCAUCCAACAGACGAACAAAAGCAGAUAGCAGUACCCCAGACUUGGUCCCGCACAUCGCCGGUCUUCUGAGACCGACUCUCAUCAUAUGUGGGAUUACUAUCAGUCCGAUUAAACCUUCAUCGGAAGUCUCUGUCAAAGUCUAUCAUCAACGACACUUUAUCUCAUGGCUGGUUGGCUUCUGGAAUGCUUUACAAGAUGCCUCGCAGACUACCGCGAAUUCAAAAAGCAAAACGUCGUGGGAUAAACGUUCGCGGGUUCAUGUCCGUUCAAUUUUGCAAGAUUACGAACAACCGUUUCUCGACUGUCUUCGCUCGUUAACCGACGCAACCUCAACCGCUCGUGGUGCUCGAAUCAGGACGAAGCGAGAAAGUAGCACACCAUCACGUGCUUCUCUCGAUCAGCGAAAGCCACGCUCGAAAGCUCUCCCAUCCUUAUCCAAAACUCAGGAGCUACUUACACGAUCGGCACCAACGGCAGCCAAUCUGGCCAAACGUGUCCAAGUUCAUUCACCCAAUUCGAGUUUUCAUAACCCUCUCAGUUCACCCCAUACACCUCGGGGUGGAAUCUUGGCUAAAGCGCUCGGACUGAAUUUGACCACUGAAAACUCUUCAAUCUGGUCACCACUUAAACGGUCUGCUGAUCCUCUACCAGCCAAACCGUUGGUCAAACGUCGUCUGUUCGCUGGUACCAUGGACCAACAAGAAGCCGCAAUAAAACCGGAGCCAAAGGUUCGACGAAAACGUCGUAAUUCCGAUACUGACACCUCCGAGCUGACAGGUCGAUCUCCGGUUAUGGCAGAUUUCGAGGAGUCUGCUCAGAGUAACUAUCUGCCAGUCACCUAUACCGAACUGGAUACUAGUCAACAGUCAUGGCUGAUUGGUCCCAAUGGGGAAUCGGAUUCCCAGUCUGCCUCUCAAUCUCAAAUGAGCCAACCGUCGUGGGAUCAAUUUCGAGAUGCACUUCGCAAGCGUCUUUCGACAGACACACUACCCACAUCCGUGGACCAUGAUGAGCCUCAAGUGUCAACUCAGUCCCCGGUGCACGAAUCCAGUGAUGCACCGCCAUCUAUGGUCGUGAACGAGUCUCAUCAAACCACAAACGCAGAGAAUCCUAUCAUUCUAGAUGGAACAAACCAGUUGAGGCUGGAUGAAGCCGUCAUGGAUACUAACCCUCCGGAAUCAGAAACGGUGGAUGUCACAUCGGCUACGUCAGAAAACCGGCCCAUAGAGAACACCACUGUGAAAGACAACGAGGCAGAUGUGGUCCCCAUCGAGGUCGCUGGUCCAAAUUUCUCCGCGGAACCCACCUCAGUCGAGCCAACAGACAUUCCACCGGCCACCACCACUCCUCCCAACACACCGCAACGUCUUUCCACAGAUGACCCGGGGUCAGAAAACACAACACCCAAGUCGUAUUUUCAAAAAUUUACCAACGGUUUGCGCACACCCGUAGAAUCCAAUUCUCCUGUUCCGAUGAUGUUAAGUUUAAAUCGACCCACAAGUCCUCUCAUUCGUGGUAUCGGAUCUAGCCGAGCUCAACGAAUGCUUGCCUUGGGCUUGAAGAAAGCUGCUGAACAAACGGCCCGCCAGAAGUCGAACGUUGACUUACCCUCUUCCGAGACCAACUCGCCGGAAUCAGUUGCGCCCGAGUCUCCUCUCACCGUACGAUCAACCAACGUUUCGGAUCAAACCGGUUCACCUUCUGGCAUUAUGCGCAACUUGUGGUCCCGAAAGAAGCCACAGCGCGUUUCGUUCGCCGAGCAGCCGGUCGUGUUUACAUUUGGUAGAGCAUCUCAAAGCCCUGUUGGGGAUAGUGAUUCACCUCAAGUUACCUCUGAACAUCAAGUCUCAAUGAAACCGGUUAGCGCAUUGCAGGAUAUCACGGGGACGACUCUGAACGCAAAUUCUUCGGACAGAGCUGUCAUUAUUAAGGCCACCAUCGACGAGAGUCCUCCUAGCCAAAUGCCGACAGGCACCAACUCCGACCUAAAGACAAAGCAAAUGGACGUUCACGUCGGCAACAGGAGGUUAUCACUUCCCUUGGUUCGUCGUGUAGAUUUAGAUGCCUCACAGUCAUCUCAAGAGGGGUAUGUUCUUUCUCAUUACCUCGAAAAUCUCUUUUUUUGCUUGAUUUUUAUACAGUUCAAUCCUUUUGUACUGUUUUUUUUUACCACAAAUAGACCGUAA